AUGACGAGAUUAACCAAGCGGCUCGACUUCCAGAAGGAGUCGGGCGGAUUAGGACUGCUUCGCUCCCACUCACGCGCCAAGUCCGGCGAUGCAGCCAAGGCCGAUGCAUCUCCAGCCGAAUCCGAGGACGCAGCCAAGGACAAGAAGCAGGAGAGGUCACGGUCAUGGUUUUCUCCUCACAGGAGAAAGGAUUCGGUCGCCUCAACGAUUCUACGAAGCACCAAGAGCCUUCGCCGCCUAUCCGCAGUCUCAUCCUCGGCCUCAUCGCAACCUGCGCUCUCGACACCAACUACCCCAUCCUUUUCACGAGGCAGCUAUGAGAGCGAUGCAGCCUUUCAGCACAGGAAGCUCUCUUCUGUUGGCAGCGGUGAUGCGACAAGACCUGGAAUGACGGCGGAACCUGCUCCAACAGACCCGCCUUCGAUUCCUUAUCCCCCACACCGACCAGAGCGGCCGCAAGAGGAUCUCUUUGAGGGCACGGUGCUUGAGAAGGCCAACCCGCCCAGUCACCGCCACAGCCGGAGCCGUAGCAUCUUGCGAUCAUUCUCGCCUUUCCCUGGCCCUUCCAUCAAAGACGUGCGACGCUCCAGCCAACAGUCUGAACUCAAACUGCAGACAAACAUUGUGACGGUCGCCGCCACCACUGCAGCCAAUCAGCUUUCACCAGAUACCGAUCAGGCGCACAAUCCGGCAGAUGCAGGGACAGAUGCAAUUUCGUCCAAUGCACCUGUGUAUGAGUCGCCUGCCACCGGACCAAGUGUUCCCAAACGUCGCUCCGGCUACUGGAUUCACGGCCACGGAACGGAAUGCGGCGUGGCACGCAAAGCAUCUGUUGCCAGCUCUUUCCACUUCCAUGUGCAAAGGCGACCAAGUCAAGUGACGGCUGAGAUAGAGUCACGCAAGCACGCACGGUCUUCUCGGUGGACGUUGACGGACAACAUGGCCGAGAUGUUCAAGUCGCAACACGUCAAGUCUGAAAAGCAGCCUUUGAGCCCAGCCCAGAUCGAAGCAAUCUGGAAUGGCCAAGACAACGGCAAGAAGUCGCCUAAGCGAAAAAGCAAAGACAGACGGAAGAAGGCAGCGUCGGACAUCUCAGCAAGCAUGCCACGUCAAUUCGGAGGUCCACUUUCCGAACAUCAAAGCCCAUUGUUCCGUGACUCGUUCCAAUGGCCAGACAGAGGGAACGCGUCUAUCCCAAUGAGCAGGGCUGACAUUAAAAAGAGAGCUCUUCCGUUCGAAAUUACGGUCCCACCGCCGCCCUCCACGAUCCUCGUCUCCCCAGAAAUCAUACACGGCGACGUUUCACCAAAGUCACCGUCCAAGGUUGACAGGAGGCCGCUAGGAAAGUUGCCAUUGCCCCAGGUAGUACUGUACCAAGCCGAGGAGGAGGAAGAGGCUGUCGUUGAAGACGACGACUCGUCUUCCACUCGAUCGGUGCUGCCUGUAGUACCGCCCAAGAACCCGGCGAGAUUUGCUGCCAGAGCCCCAACAAUGCCACUCCUGCCUCCCAUCCCGGAGGGCUUCCGCUCUGCCACGGGCAGCAACAGGAGCUCGGGCAUAUCUGGCCACCGUCGAAGUCGCAGCAUGAACAAUGCAUUAGAUGUGAAGGAAGAGACUGUUCAGUUCAACAGCACCCCUUUCUCGAUGACCACUCCCCCCUUCCGACACGGCCCAAUCGUCUUGAGUGACGCUGGCAGCCGCAGCUCAAUGGCAACGGUGGAGGCGACGGAAGACGAGCAUCCGGUUGAUUGGACGGCAUUCCAGACGGCCAUUCUAGGUGGUGCCAGCGCAGACUUGGACGGCCUGUUUCCAGAGGAGGUCACACCACCGGACGAAGAGGAGGGCCAUCUGGCCGAAGACGUGACUACUUGGUUCGAAGGGUUUGGUUUUGAAACCCAUGGCGAGCUCAUUGCCUCGGACAAGUCGUCGCAGCAGAAAUCGGAGCGGUCGGCACAGCGAGAUUCUUCGGGCAGCAUGACGUCGGCUGCAUCAACACCUUCAACGGUGCAGACAGAUGCUGAAGCGGAGCUGCAGACGCCCGUGACUGCUCAGCCACAGCAUCACAUCUUUGAUACCAUUCGGCAGCUCCGUGACGGCUGCGAGAGCAUGUACAGCGCCAGCAUAUACACAACCGACAGCGCAGACGGCCCCUGGGUGCCGGCAGAUGAUGACGAGAUGGGCCAUGAGGAAGUCGGCCGAUUGGCGCCCGCGCCUGCGGGCUCAAAGCAAGUUAUGGAACAUGGACUUGAAGCUUUCCUUGGGUUCAAAAUUGAUGACGCUUAUUGA